AUGAAGGCCACCCUACUUCAUGUGACGCCGUCAGUGAGCAGGGACAGAGUUAUCUCCCAGUUCCCGAAAGGGUAUACGCCUGAGGCCUGCCUCCAGUUCAAGGAUCACUUCCAUGCUCAAGUGAGAAAUGCCUGUCAGCACCGGAAUACUGGGCCUAUCGGGCUAAAAAUAUCCAAGGUGGUUGUAGUGGGAGACCUUUGUGUUGGAAAAACAAGUCUUAUCAACAGGUUUUGUAAAGAUGUUUUUAACCGAGAUUAUAAGGCAACCAUUGGAGUGGAUUUUGAAAUUGAACGCUUUGAGGUAGCUGGAGUCCCGUACAGUCUUCAGAUAUGGGACACUGCCGGUCAAGAGAAGUUCAAGUGCAUUGCAUCCGCUUACUACAGAGGAGCCGAAGUAAUUAUAACUGUCUUUGAUUUGGCUGAUAUCCAGACUUUGGAUCACACCAAGCAGUGGCUGGAGGAGGCCUUGAGGGAGAAUAACCCAAAGUCUAGCUUCAUCUUUCUGGUUGGAACAAAAAAAGAUUUAGUGUCUGAUGCCGAAUGCGAGCGGACAGAAGUGGAUGCCAUUCAGGUGGCCAACGAGAUGCAUGCAGAGUACUGGUCAGUCUCGGCCAAGACAGGAGAAAACGUCACAGAUCUCUUUUGCCGAGUUGCUGCCCUGGCCUUCGAGAAGUCGGUGCUGCUGGAGCUGGAGAAGAGCGACUGCCGUGCGACCCAGAUUGGUACCGGAAACAUUCAAGUAGAAGGCAACUCCUCGGAGGCUGCAGGUGCGAAUGGCCAGGCCAGCCCCAGCUGCUGCUGA